UUUCCAAUAUGGCGAGCUCGUUGAGCUCCUCUAUGGAAGUCACUGGGUUUAGUGACAGUGACAUGAGCGCAGACGAAAGCACUUCGUCUGUUGCUCAUAGAGAAAAAAAUCUCAUGUCCCUUUUGAAGCAGGAGAACAGAGUAUUGAAAAUGGAACUGGAAACAUGUAAAUUGCGCUGUAAACAACUUCAGGAGGAAAACAGGGCUCUUCGCCAGGCGAGCGUCUCAAUUCAAGCAAAAGCAGAACAAGAGGAAGAAUUUAUCUCAAACACUCUACUAAAAAAGAUUCAGUCACUAAAGAAGGAGAAGGAAACCUUGGCAAUGAAUUACGAGCAAGAGGAGGAAUUUCUCACAAAUGAUUUGUCAAGAAAACUUAUGCAGUUGCGUCAAGAAAAGAUUCAGUUGGAACAAACAUUAGAACAAGAACAAGAGUAUCAAGUCAACAAGUUGAUGAGGAAGAUUGACAAGCUUGAGUCAGAUGUUACUUCAAAACAGACCACUUUGGAACAGUUGAGAAAAGAAAAGGUUGAUCUUGAGAACACAUUGGAACAAGAACAAGAAUUACUAGUUAAUAGACUCUGGAAAAGGAUGGACAGAUUGGAGGCAGAAAAAAGGAUGCUUCAAGAGAAGCUAGAAGAACCCAUUUCUGAGCCACCCUCCCCCCGACAGUUUGCAGAUGGAGAGGACGCUGUGGAGGACUUAGCUUCUCACAUAACGUCACUGAGGGAGGAAAUAAGGAGAUUAAAACAACAGCUAGCUAAGUCUGAAGCUGAUUAUUGUGAGAAGAUGGCAGCCUAUGCAAAGGAAGAACGCCACAUUAAAGAAGAAAAUAUCAGAUUACAGAGAAAACUGUUGCGAGAGAUGGAAAGACGAGAAGCUCUGAGUAGACAGCUGUCAGAGAGUGAGUCAAGUUUGGAGAUGGAUGAUGAAAGACACUUCAAUGAGAUGACUUCGCAUGGGACUCAGUCGAUGAGAGACCGGACGUCAUCCAGUCCUCUUCCCUUAACUACCAACAGACCCAUAUCUCCAGGUUACGGCUUCACUCCACCUUCACCGCGCAUGCCCAGAUAUCCUUCUAAUGAGAGGCUGAGUGGGUCCCAUUCUUCCGCGAAUUCUUCACCGCCUACUCACACAGUGCAGAGAGCGCACCGGACUCAGUCUUCCCCUGGCACGACGGUGCAUGGACCCAGGCCCUCAUCAGGAUCAUGAAUCCAGUGAAAUGACCGGGAACCCAAUCAAAAACAAAUUGGGAGAUAUAUGUAUCAGGCCAAGAUCACGUGAAUUAGUUGUAAACAACGGGAAGAAAAAGUAGUUGUGAUGUGUUCGUGUUUUAUAAAAGGUUCCUUUCAGUGAUGUAAAAAAUUCAAUGAAUUACUCAUAGGAUAACCAGGUAACAAGGAUUAUUGAUGUAAAUUUGUUGAAAGAUGAGGUUCACGGAAAGUUAUGAUUUGUGCGUCGCAGCAAUGAUAGCAAGAAAUGUCAGAUUUUUUACUGUGAGAGUGGUUCUUCUCCUAUCACUGUGUUUAAAAGAUUCUAUAUAAACUGACUUAUCAGGCAUUUGAUGUAGAAGUUCA